CGCCUUUGUAGUCACUUGGCCUCAGCGAUCUUCUUGCAACGUUGGACCGGUAUUUCAUUUCUGAAUUUGCCCUUUCCCAGGCACCAAUAACGAUGGCCGGCCUCGACGAAGCGACUGUUGCGACGCGCAACGACAUGAAGAGCUACUGGUCGGAGCACAGCCAAGAGACGACGAUCGAGACGAUGAUGCUCGACUCGAACGCCAAGGUGCUCCACGAGCUCGAGAUCCCCGAGAUCCUCGCCAAGCUCCCGGACGUCAAGGACAAGGACGUGCUCGAAAUGGCGGCCGGCAUUGGCCGCUACACGGGCCGCAUUGCCGACGAGGCGGCCAGCAUCACGGCCGUCGAGUUCAUCGAGGACUUUCACAAGGCGAAUGAAAAGGCCAACGGCCACCGCGGCAACGUGUCGUUUUUGUGCGCGGACGUGUGCGACCUCGAGCGCCAGCCAUCGUCGUUCGACGUGGUCUUCUCCAACUGGCUGCUCAUGUACCUCGACGACGACGAGGUGUCGCGCCUCGCCCAGAAGACGCUCAAGUGGCUCCGUCCCGGCGGCGAAGUCUUCUUCCGCGAGUCGUGCUUUCGCCAAAGCGGCGACGUCAAGCGCACGUCCAACCCGACGAAAUACCGCCACCCGAGCUUUUACGUCGGGGCGUUUGCAUCCGCCGUCAUUGACGAAGGCAACGGCCGCGUGAGCCAGUUUGAGCUCGUGUCGUCGUCGUCGGUCGGCGUCUACCGUCGCGUCAAGAAGAACAAUGGCCAGAUCUGUUUUCGCUUCAAGAAGGUGAUCAAGGAGGGCUCGGUCGGCGCGGCCGAGACGUUCCAGCGGUUCCUGGACGCGCAGCAGUACUCGCGCGGCAGCAUUGCGCGCUACGAAAAGAUCUUUGGCGCGGGCUACAUCAGCACGGGCGGCCAGGACACGACCACCGAGUUUGUUGCCAAGCUCGGCCUCCGCCAUGGCGAGCGCGUCCUCGACGUGGGCUGCGGCAUUGGCGGCGGCGACUUUUACAUGGCCAAGACCUUUGGCGUCAGCGUCGUCGGCAUCGACCUCUCGACCAACAUGGUGCACCGCGCGCUCGAGACGUCGCUGACCGACCCGAGCGUCGACUGCGAGUUUGAGAUUUGCGACGCGACGACGAAGGAGUAUGCGCCGGCGUCGUUUGACGUGAUCUACUCGCGCGACACGAUCCUGCACAUUGGGGACAAGAAGGCGCUCUUCGCCAAGUUUUACAGCUGGCUCAAGCCCGGCGGCCGCCUCCUCAUCUCGGACUACUGCUGCGGCGAGGCCGAGACGCAAACGACCCGCUUCAAGGCGUAUGUGGCGAGCCGCGGCUACCACCUGCUGACGCCCGCAGCGUACGGCAAUGUGAUUGCGAGCGUCGGGUUUACGGACGUCGAGGCGGAAGACCGCACCGAGCACUUUGUCCAAGUGCUGCAGACGGAGCUGGACCGGACGCGUCUCAACAAGGAUGCGUUCAUCGCCGAGACGUCGGCGCACGACUACGAGGACAUUGUCGACGGCUGGGAGGCCAAGCUCGUGCGCUGCGCGGAAGGCGACCAAAAGUGGGGGCUCUUCUUUGCCCGCAAGGCCUAGAUACGAGUAGAGUGUUAUGAGAAAUGAAGUUGUAGUGUUGUAGUUGA